GCUGUCUCCUGGCUGGGAGGCGGGCGCAAGGUUGUGCAGAAGCCAUGGGGUCUGGUGUGUAGAGGGCCACUCGGCCAGGAGGGUCUGGAGCAGCCAGAUAGGACAGUACAGAGGCUGGCCCUGGGACAGCAGGGACAGCAGCUUAAACCUGCAGUGUCCUGUGGGAGCCAGUGCCAUCCCUCUCUCGCAGCUUUUGGGCCUUUUCUUUCUUCUUCCCACCAUGAAGAAGGAAGUGACCUGAGAGCUGGAGAAGAGAGCCAGCCCCUGGCUGGGAGGAGACCCAGGGUCAGAAGCCGUGGCCGUGGGCCCUGGGCCACUUGCUCCCUCAGCAAGCCAGGCAUGAAGGGUGGUGGCAGCGCUGUGUGGAGCCUUAUGUGGAAAUACUGCGUCUCCGUGAGGACCCUCAGUGUCGAGGGCGAGGCCCCCAGCAGCGAGACUGGCACGUCCCUCGACAGCCCCUCAGCCUACCACCAGGGCCCCUUGGUGCCCAGUUCCAGCCUGAGCCCGGACCACUACGAGCACACGUCAGUGGGAGCCUAUGGGCUGUACUCGGGGCUGCCGGGGCAGCAGCAGCGUGCACGGAGGCCCAAGCUGCAGCACUCGACCUCCAUCCUGCGCAAGCAGGCCGAGGAGGAGGCCAUCAAGCGCUCUCGCUCACUCUCGGAGAGUUAUGAGCUCUCCUCAGACCUGCAGGACAAGCAGGUGGAGAUGCUAGAACGAAAGUAUGGGGGACGCCUCGUGACCCGCCAUGCAGCCCGCACCAUCCAGACGGCGUUCCGCCAGUACCAGAUGAACAAGAACUUCGAGCGCCUGCGCAGCUCCAUGUCAGAGAACCGCAUGUCACGCCGCAUUGUGCUGUCCAACAUGAGGAUGCAGUUCUCCUUUGAGGGCCCCGAGAAAGUGCACAGCUCCUACUUUGAGGGGAAGCAGGUUUCCGUGACCAACGAUGGCUCCCAGCUGGGUGCCCUGGUGCCUGCUGAGUGUGGUGACCUUGGAGAGCCAUCUAACCUUAAGUCUCCCACCGCCUCCAGUGACUUCACCGAUGCCAUCACAGAGCUGGAAGACGCCUUCUCCCGGCAGGUGAAGUCACUGGCCGAGUCCAUCGAUGAUGCCCUCAACUGCCGCAGCCUGCACUCGGAGGAGGUGCCUGCCCUGGACACUGCCAGAGCCCGGGACACUGAGCCCAAGCCGGCCUUGCAUAGCAUGGACCACCACAAACUGGAUGAGAUGACAGCCUCAUACAGUGAUGUCACCCUGUACAUUGAUGAGGAGGAGCUGUCCCCUCCUCUGCCUCUCUCACAGGUAGGGGACCGGCCGUCCAGCACUGAAUCGGACCUGCGACUGCGGGCUGGGGGCACAGCCCAGGACUACUGGGCCCUGGCCCACAAGGAGGACAAGGCCGACACCGACACCAGUUGCCGGAGCACCCCGUCCCUGGAGCGGCAGGAGCAGCGGCUGCGGGUGGAGCACCUUCCCCUGCUCACCAUCGAGCCCCCCAGUGACAGCUCUGUAGACCUUAGCGACCGCUCAGACCGUGGCUCACUCAAGAGGCAGAGCGCCUACGAGCGCAGCCUUGGGGGGCAGCAGGGCAGCCCCAAGCACGGCCCCCACGGCGGACCCCCAAAGGGCCUCCCCCGUGAGGAGCCGGAGUUGCGGCCCCGGCCCCCCAGACCCCUGGACAGCCACCUGGCCAUCAACGGCUCAGCCAACCGUCAGAGCAAGUCGGAGUCGGACUACUCAGACGGCGACAACGACAGCAUCAAGAGCACGUCCAACUCCAACGACACCAUCAACUGCAGCUCCGAGUCCUCCUCCCGAGACAGCCUGCGGGAGCAGACGCUCAGCAAGCAGACCUACCACAAGGAGACCCGCAACAGCUGGGACUCACCUGCCUUCAGCAACGAUGUCAUCCGCAAGAGGCAUUACCGCAUCGGCCUGAACCUCUUCAACAAGAAGCCGGAGAAGGGAGUCCAGUACCUAAUUGAGCGCGGCUUCGUGCCCGACACACCAGUGGGGGUGGCCCACUUCCUGCUGCAGCGCAAGGGCCUCAGCCGGCAGAUGAUCGGAGAGUUCCUGGGCAACCGGCAGAAGCAGUUCAACCGGGACGUGCUCGACUGCGUAGUGGACGAGAUGGACUUCUCUGCCAUGGAGCUGGACGAGGCCCUCAGGAAGUUCCAGGCGCACAUUCGAGUCCAGGGAGAGGCUCAGAAAGUGGAGCGGCUCAUUGAGGCGUUCAGCCAGCGCUACUGCAUCUGCAACCCUGGGGUGGUGCGGCAGUUCCGGAACCCAGACACCAUCUUCAUCCUGGCCUUCGCCAUCAUCCUGCUCAACACGGACAUGUACAGCCCCAACGUCAAGCCCGAGAGGAAGAUGAAACUGGAGGACUUUGUCAAGAACCUGCGAGGUGUGGAUGACGGUGAGGACAUCCCCCGGGAGAUGCUGAUUGGGAUCUAUGAGCGGAUCCGUAAACGGGAGCUGAAGACCAACGAGGACCACGUGUCCCAGGUGCAGAAGGUGGAGAAGCUCAUUGUGGGGAAGAAGCCGAUUGGAUCCCUGCAUCAUGGCCUUGGCUGUGUGCUCUCUCUGCCCCACCGUCGGCUUGUCUGCUACUGCCGGCUCUUCGAGGUUCCAGACCCAAACAAGCCCCAGAAGCUCGGACUGCACCAGCGAGAAAUCUUCCUGUUUAACGACCUCCUGGUGGUCACCAAAAUCUUCCAGAAGAAGAAGAACUCCGUGACAUACAGCUUCCGACAGUCCUUCUCUCUGUAUGGCAUGCAGGUCCUGCUCUUUGAGAACCAGUACUACCCCAAUGGCAUCCGGCUCACGUCAGCCGUCCCAGGAGCAGACAUCAAAGUGCUGAUAAACUUCAAUGCCCCUAAUCCUCAAGACCGAAAGAAAUUCACCGAUGACCUACGGGAGUCCAUUGCAGAGGUGCAGGAGAUGGAGAAGCACAGGAUAGAGUCCGAGCUGGAGAAGCAGAAGGGUGUCAUGCGGCCCAGCAUGUCCCAGUGCUCCAGCCUUAAAAAGGAGUCGGGCAAUGGGACACUGAGCCGGGCCUGCCUGGACGACAGCUACGCCAGCGGUGAGGGCCUCAAGCGCAGCGCCCUCAGCAGCUCCCUGAGGGACCUCUCGGAAGCGGGGAAGCGAGGGCGUCGCAGCAGUGCGGGAUCGCUAGAGAGCAAUGUGGAAGGGUCCAUCAUUAACAGUCCUCACAUGCGCCGGAGAGCUACAUCAACACGAGAGUGUCCAUCUCGCCCACACCAGACUAUGCCUAAUUCAUCCUCCCUCCUAGGCUCCUUAUUUGGGAGUAAGAGAGGGAAGCCCCCUCCCCAGGCCCAUCUGCCCUCAGUCCCUCCCCCACCACCACCCCACCCACCAGUCCUGCCUCACCCGCAGCACUCCUCCGCGGGCCACCACCCGGGGCCAAUAGAAGGUCUGCCGCAGGCCCAGGUGCACGGGCACCACGUCCAGUACUGCCACAUGCAACAGAACCCACCCCCCUACCACCACCACCACCACUACCACCCCCCCCAGCACAUCCCGCAUGUACAUCAGUACCACCACGGCCCCCAUGGGGGGCACCCGGCCUACGGGGCCCACGUUCACAGCCACCCACCGCUGUCCUCAGCCCACGUGAGCCACGCAGUGCACCACCACGGGCAGCCACCUGCCCCGCCGCCCCCCACCAGCAGCAAGGCCAAACCCAGCGGUAUCAGCACAAUUGUGUAGACACCUGAGUGGGGGCUCCCGGGCUCCCCGAAACAGCUGCACACCACACAGGGUACGCCCCGGGGCAGCCAGCCUCACAUCAAACCAGGGCACUGGUGUUGCCAUCUCUCCCCUCUGCCCCUCACAGCCUGGACGGAGCCCCAUGAACCCACAGGGACUGUUUUACGGAAUGGAGCUCCAGAUUUCAUUUAGCAUUGGCAGCCUGGGCUCCAUCACUCAGUCCGAGGGGCGGCCUCACCCAUGUCAGCCUGAGACGGCACCGAGGGCCGUGUAGAUGUUGAGCUGCCUCCCUCACCCAGCCCUGGCUCUCUGCUCCCUGAUUUACACGCCUAUGAAAACCCGACCUAGGGACCGAAGACAUGAGAUACAAAGAUAACAGACAAAACAAAACCCCCAAACUUGCUGCAUUGUUGCUCUUUUAUUGACAAUGGGCAAAAAUUUAAGUAGACCUGAUAUGGUUGAUGAAAAUACGUAAGUAAACUUUAUAUAAUAUAAAUAUAUAAAUAUAUAAAUAUAUCUAUAUAUACUGUAUAGAUAGUACUUGUGUGUGAAAGGCAAGCAUUUCAGUCCACAGAAUUAGCAAUAUUGACCUCACAAGGAACUUCACUUCCCAAAGGAAGACAGUCCUGUAGAUGAGUGUGUGAGACAGUAGACCAAACCUUUAAAUGCUAGGAACAAGCUCAGAUACUUCCAUUAUUUUCAUACGAAGAAGAGAAGUCCCUCUAGGACUGGCUAAAAUCCUUACGUAAUCAUUACUAACUGUGCCAAGUAACAUAGCAUCUAACUGUUUAAAAAGUCCAAUAUUGCUUUGUAUAAAUCCUUAUUUUAUUAACAGAUGAUAUAAAUAAUCAGUAUUAUAACUGCUCUGUUAUUUCAGGUAAGCAAAUAGCUAAAGUGCAGUAACCUACAGUAGCAACUUAGGACAACUAGUUAAGAACUGGUUGUCUUAGGAUAUUGGUCACACAGAUUCUUAGACACUUUAAUGGCUGCGAUAACUGUGAAUUUCCAUGAUCCAUAUUUCUUUUAUACGCAUAUGAUUUGAUGCACACCCAUCCGGAGACCCCUGGGAGGGCCCAUACACAGAAGUACUCAUCUCCAACAUGAAAACGACCAACCCAUCCUGUCUCCCCAGCACCAUAACUUACUCAUCCCACCUCAAACCACAGCAGGCAGAUGCCCCCAGCAGGUGUUUCCCCCAGGAAGCACUCUCCACUCCGCAGGCUGAUUUUAGGGUUUGGCCCCCCGGGGCGGCGUGUGUGUCUCUCAUCCUGUUUUCUGAGUGGUAGCGGUGAUCGUUGUAAUUCCAUGUAGUCAUGUGCUAGCAGAACCCCUGUGUCAUCACCGUGGCCCAUGUGACCCCGGCCGACGAGUGCCCAGCCCUCGCCAGGCAGUGUCCCUGCUGCCCUCUCAUGGUCCAGUGAGCUGCCAGGGCAUCACAUGACUCAGCUGUGCUCUUGUCGCUUCUGUGUUGUGGUGACACCAUGCACUCCCCUGGGGCCAGACGCUGCACGAGUCACCCACGGGCCGUACUUUGUAGUUUCAGCCUUUCGAGCCACUGCAGCCGCCAGUGCUUUGCUCCUAAGCCGUGGGACCCGAGGACUGCCCCACGGCCCCCGCCCAGGCGGACAGCCCUUUCAGAAAGGGUGAAGCUAGCGCCCGACUCUGCGGGCUGCGG